AUGAAUAAGAGAAGGAAAUUUCUUCUUGCCUCCGUACUUGCUGUCCAGAAUUCAAAUUUUAUAUAUCCAUCAUGUCAAAAGUGCUUCUCUCGAAUAAUCAUAGUCUCCAAAAGGUCUAACUGUCCAAAAUGUGGCUCUACUGGAGAAGCUGAAAAUGUCAGUUACAGAUAUAAACUUCCCUUAAAAGUUGCAGAAUCAAGUAAAUUGUUUAGCAUUACUGUCUUUGGAAGCUGUUUAGAUACAUUUUUUGGUCUUACUGCCACUGCUUUGCACAGGUACAUUGAAAAUUCUGAUGAAAUUCCUGAAACACUGGACAGUGAUACAGCUAAGAACCUAUUAACUAAAGCAGUUGAAACGUGCUUUGUUGGACAAAGCUUUAUUUUUGGAGUGACGAAUUUUGAAAACCAAGGCUCAGAUUGCAACAAUUUCUUACAGCACUUCCAUGACUGCAAGAGAGAAGUUAAAGCACUGGUAGCUUCCCAGAUUCUUUUGCCAGACCCAAGUGUUGCAGGUUUCACCGUCAUUGACUUCUUCCAUCAGUUUCUGCAGCCUUCCAACUUAAGGAAACUUCACCUUGACUCCCAGGCAAGUAGCUAUGUACUUGCUUUAAGUCACUCAGAUAGUGCUAUCAGUAGCAUAUCUGGUUCUGACAGCAGUUCUUGUUUUUUGGAGCCCUCUGACAAAGAUAAAUUUUCAAGAUACUGGGAGCCAUCACUUGAACUCAUUUCCAUUGAUUCACGGCUAACAGAUGUUAAUGGUUUUUCAACCUCAGAUAAUCUUCACCAAAACCAAAAGUGUAGCUCCUUUGCAGAGGCCCCUGGUUCCAACAGCUACCAUGAUCCCUUUCAGCAUUCAUGGAGCCUUGUUUCAUAUAUGGAUAAAAAGAGUAAAGCAGAAAAGUUGGGUGAAGAACUUGGCUUACAAUUUAAUCAAGUGAGUGUGGUUUGCAGCAAUAAUCGUGACAUUGGAGUUACUGGCCCUAAUUUAUUAUCUCUGAGAGUGCAAGAGUCUCUUGAGCCAAGCAAUACUGAGUCCUUCCACAGUGCAGUGAAAAUUAAAAAUAAGUAUUCCCAACCUGAGCUAAUAUUUUGUCAGCAUCCUGAUGCAGAUACCCCUGUUCUCCAAGAGAAAGCUGCACGUUGUUCUCCUUCGACACUCAAGCUUAAAGAAACGACUGAUGAUUCCCAGGAUUGUGACCCUGAGAUCUGGGAUGAUCUGCCAUUCUCCGAAAGCUUGAACAAGUUUCUGGCAGUUGUCGAAAGUGAGAUUGCUGUAACCCACACAGAUGCCAAGAGUAGGAAGUGUUCUCUAGACAUUGACAUUGACAAAUUACAUGAAGAUGGAAGCAAGUUUUCUUUCACUCCACAGAGAACUACUGGAACCCUGUAUGCACCACCUAUAGCUUUAAGACCAUCACAACCAACAGGCAAAGCAAACUUUGAGAAAAACGCCCUUACGAAGUGUGAUGCAAACCCAAAUUGUGUUCUCAAAGAGUCACAGCCAGAUAAGAUAACAGAGACUGUCUCUGUAAGUCCUAAUGGAAGAGAUGUUUCUAAUCAUGUUCUUCCAAAUGAUUCUAUACCCACUGUAUAUUCAUCUCCCAAAUAUUUUGAAGCCGUGACAGCCAGAAUCCAACCACAUAGGACCAAAAUAUCACCCCAAUCCCUUUCUCAAAACUCAAGGCAAUCUUUACAGAGAUUAACUAUGCAAAAUGUAUCCGCCUCUGUGUUUCCAAGAACAAGCUCUUCACCACCUCCUUUUCAGUCAGAUUCAGAAUGUGAUUUUGAAGAUAGCCUAGAUUUUGUUCCAUAUUCACAAUCAACCCCAGUUGCAAGAUUCCACGAAACAAGAAUUCAUGGGAUAAAAAGUGCUUUCGAAAAAUUACCCGUUUUUAAUUCAGAUCAUAAUGCUAACUAUAAAAAUACAAGGGUGUUCUCUACAAUUGAUAUACAGCAAACGACCCCAGAAGGCCCCAGAAGAUCCAAAAGUCCUAUUUUAUUUGGGAUUACACAAUCAGUGGUUGUCAGCCCCUAUCCUAAUGCUGAGUGCAUCGAGGCGGAUAUUGAUGAAUGGGUUCCCCCAACCACAAAAAAAGAAUUUCUUUCACAUAAUCACUUCCAAACCCUAGGUCUAAGAAGGUGCCUUGCUGCCUGUGAUUCCCCUGAUCAGAAAGAGUUACCAAGAAAGAAAUUAAAAUAUGCUGAACAGAGAACAGAUAAAUGGUUAGGCUGGACUGCAUGCGAUUCCGUUAUUGGACUUAGUUCACAUUCGGAAGUCAAAUGUUGCCUUCCGUUUUCAGAAAGUUGGCGACCUUCAGUGCCUGAAGCUGACAGUGCUUGGUCACCUGAAUUGUUUUCACAAAAGGUCAUCUGA